GACGACUGCAAGUACGUCCUGGGCACCUUGCCGUUCGCGAAGCGCGCGUCUACCAGUAGCAAGUUUGGACGAAGCCCCGAGAAUCUUCCUCCCGGCGGGCACGGCGAUCAGCUAAGACCGGAGGCGGAGAUAAGCUUUCUACUUCCCUAUGAGUCGGGCGGGAUGCCUUUGGGGGCUGUCCCUAACUACCGCCAGCAUGAUGGGGAAUCGGAGUUGAUUGAGUUUGAAGAUGCAGGGCUGGCACGUACCAGCGACUACCCUGUGAGGAAAGAGGAAAGAUGCGACGAAUGA